AUGGCUAAUAGAAGCCCACCGGAUCCAAUGUAUGUCUUUCGGGGUACCGGAGCAGCUAUCAAUGUUCUCAGGUUUGCUCCAAAGUCUACAAGAGAGGAAGGGCUUUUACUUUCUGGGUAGGUAUUUUAACCUCAAUUUCUACAAAGAAAGUGGAACCUUCGGUUUUUCCUCUUGUGUUCUGCCACCCCUCCUUCCAUUUAUUCGGGAAACAGUGGUAAAUCUGCAAAGGCUUUUCCUUGGUGUUGUUUGGAACACCCGGUGGGUUGAUAUUGUGAAAAAAAGAAGGAUGGAGAAAACUAAACUGGUCUCUUGAUGUGGAUGAGUAUUCUCAAUGGUCAAAAUUUGCUGUCAUGUGAUACUGAAUUCAACAGGUUCCCCCCCCCCCCCCUACGGCACUCACUCACUCACUUAGUCGCCCGAAGGCGGGCAACCACUAGAUCUUUCCACAGCCUCUUAUCAGCCAUCAGUGCAGCAAUCUCACUUGCUUCGAAUAUCCCAGUAUCCCUCUUAAGAGUGUCAAUAUAGGUAGUAUUCGGUCUUCCUCUCCUGCGAUGGCCAUGUUUGGGCUCCCAAAGGACUAAUUUCUGGGUACUUAGCUCUGGAUGGCGAUAACAGUGUCCCGCAAGUUGUAGCCUAUGAGAGGCGAUGUUGUUGCUGACUGCUGGUGGAUCUCUGUACAGUUGUUGGUUUGGUAUGUGGCUGCUCCUGUGGAUGUUUAAAGCUUUUCGCAGCAUCCUAGUGUAUGUUCCAUCCAACGACUUUUCUUGUGCUUUUGACAGAGCUCAGCUCUCGCAUCCAUAAAGUAAGAUUGAUUCAAUGGUGGCUAUGAAGAAUCUGAUUUUCAAAUCUUUACUCAUAUUGGACUUCCAUAUUUUCGUCAUACCAUUCAAAGCUCUCCAAGCCUGCGCUUUCCUUAUGCUGAUGUCUUUUUCUGAGUUAUCAACCCAUGACCCUAAAUAUUUGAAGUCAUCCUUCCAUUCCAGAUAAGUACCAUCAAAUGUAUGUAAUGGUGUUCGAUCAUCAAUGUUAUAAGCAACUGAUUUUGUUUUCUUAGCAUUCAGUACCAGGCCAACUUUCUUGCACUCUUUUUCAACUGUUAGCAGUAAUUCCUGAGCUUGAGCUAUUUCAUCCGACAGUAGUGCUAUGUCGUCUGCGAAGUCUAAGUCAGCAAGAACUACUUUGGGGUGUCUUCUUGAUCUUCGAGGGGUGAUGGUAAAUCCCAACUCUUCUUCUUUCCCAGCCAUAGCUUUACUCAUAGCAUAGUCAAGCACGAUUAUAAACAGGAAAGGAGCUAAUGUGUCGCCCUGCAGUACACCGGUUGUGAUGUCGAACAUCUCUGUUUCUCCAUCUGGAGAAACCACUUUGGCCUUUGUAUUCGUAUACAUCAUCUCUAUAGCUUGCAACAGGUUAGGUGGAAUCCCAUAGGCUUUAAGAAUACGCAUCAUUUUACCCCGAUGAAUUGAGUCGAAUGCCUUCUUGAAGUCAAUAAAAGUCAUGACAGCUUCAAUGUUAUUUGCUUUAACUCCCUCGAUUAUUCUUCUGAGUGUUAAUAUUUGGGCCACUGUAGAUCUUUUGGGCCGGAAACCGUUCUGGUUCACUCUGAGUCGGAUGUCAAUUACACUCCUGAUUCGGUUUAAAAUCAGGCGAUUAUACAUCUUGGCUAUGAUGCAAAUCAGGCUGAUUCCCCUGUAAUUAUCGGUCUUUGACAAGUCCCCAGAUUUAGGUACAGGGAUGAUAUUCAUAUAGGACCACAGAUCAGGUUUGUCAUUUUUUAUCAGAGCUUGAUUGCAGAAGUCUAGACAUAUGUUGUCAAAGUCACAUAACUUGAAUACUUCAGGUGGUAUUGCAUCCGGGCCAGCUGCUUUCCCGAUUUUUAAUGAAGAUUUCACUUUCUUGAGCUCUUCUAUAGUGAACAGGCCGUCAUUGAUAUCAAGGUCCUCAAAGAUGUUUGGUAUUUCUUCGUCCAGAUCUUCUACCUCUGGGGGAUUACCCAGGAGUUUCUUAAAGUGGGUGAACCAUGUGAUCACUCGUUCCUCAGGGCUUGAUCCCUCUACUUGACCUUCUUUAGCUCUUUUCCUUCCAGUAAUCUCAUUAACUGCCUUCCAUGCCUCACCAUAUUUCUGGGCUUCAUGAGAGGCUUCGAUGGUUCGUAUUUGUGCCUCUAAUUCCACUUCCCUCACUUGAUCAUAUACUUUAUACAGAUUACUCAGGGCUUGAGACCAAGCUUCUUUAUCUUCCUCGGUGUUGGUGCAUUCGUACAGACUCUGCGCCGCCUGUGCUUCCUGGCGGGCUGAUACCACUUGUGCGUUUGAUGAUCGGAGGGAUUUCCUAGCUUUUGUUUUCUUAGGCAGGCAUUCUUCCAUAGCUUGUCUGUUGGCUUUAACAAACUUUUCAUACUUAACCCCAUUACCUUCAUCACUCAAUACGUGGUAUCUAUUCUUGACAGCGACUGUGUAUUUCCACUGAAGGUCUGGGUCAGUGGAAAACUGCUUCCAGUCAUAUUUCAUCUUCUUGGCUGCUUUAGAUAUUCCAAGACUAAGCUUGAUUUUAGCACAAACUACCCGAUGGUCAGAACCCACUGUGCUGAAGGUGUUGUAAGCUUCACGGCAGCAUUCUGGACGCUGUUCCUCCAGUUACGGCGCACUAAUAUGUAAUUGAGUUGCCGCAACGAUCCUGUGCUACCUAUGAAGGUCCACAAUUUUCCUGGUCGUUUCUUAAACUGAGUGUUAGCUGCUAUUAGACUGUACUCAGAUAAUAAUUCUACGAGGUACUUUCCAUUUCUGUUAGUUACAUCAUGAUAUGUGAAUGGAACUUCAUCCGGCCCUAGUCUUGCAUUGAAAUCUCCAAUACAAGCAAGAAAAUUAUGUGCUGGGACAUCCUGCAGGGUAUCUCUCAGGUCAUUAUAAAAUUCCUCGACUUCAACUUCAUCCGCACAGUUAGUAGGUGCGUAAACAACAAUCACAGUAGUCUUAGGAUUGCCAUCAAAUUCAGCCGUCAUGAUUCUUUUGCUGAUUCGCUUGGUUUUCAGCAGAGCUUUUCUUGCUUUCUGACUUAGCAGAAGUCCAACUCCACCUUGGGAUGCUUGUGCCUCAUUUCUCCAGCCUGAGGAGGUAACUAAAUAGCUGGAACCGACCUUUCUAAACUCAAUGGGGUCAUCAUGGAUGAUACGAUGUUCUUGCACCCUACGGCUAUAAUAAUUAUUAAUGGAUAGCUCCUUAUAUAUUGUUGUUCAUGGUUUUACCUUAAAGUCGCUCGGUAUUAAAAAUAUUUGUAACUUCAUUGCAAGGUCUGCUAAAGGUAUUAUUAACCUAUGGAGUCUUAAAACAAAAAGAACAGUACUUAUUCUGGAUGGCCAUAAUGGGAAUGGAAUCCUUGCUGCAGAUUUUCUUCCUGGUGGAAAAGUUGUCAGGUUAGUAGGAGGGAUCAAAAAAGUAAGAAAAUUGGUAAUUUUGCAUUUCCUUGUCCGAUAAAAUUAAUACAGUCACUUUUCAUUGCUUCCCACUGCUGGGAUAUUUUAUGAGCAAGACAUCUGCAUUUUGGCUCAAACAAUUCCAUACUGGUUUUGUAAAACUGCCUAGAAUUUAGUAAAGAGCUCUGAUUGUUUGACUUGAUAAUAUAUACCCUUUCAAUUAUUGUUCAAAUGGUUACCAUUACAAAGGUCAAGCCUUCUGAAUCCACCAAAAAACACUCAUUUCCUUUUUGUGAGUCCACCAUCCCUUCCUUAACUGUUAAAAAUAUCCAAAUGAAACAGAGUUUGGCAUGAAAGUUAAUUGUCAUUGUCAGAUGAUGAUGCCUCAAUCAUGUUUCUCAUAGUCAUGGACGAGAUGGGUAUCUUAAAUCGUGGAACUGUUGUGAAGGAAGAUCUGAAGUGGUGAACAGUCUUUCAGUUCCUUUUCUUGGUUUUUGCCAGUUUUGUAUUUCACCAAGAGGUAUGUUGAGGUGCAAACCUUCUUUCAGGCCAUAGCUGAUUCAUUCAAUCUAGACAAGUUCUAGUCUUUUAAUUCUGCAAUUAAUAUGAGUACAAGCAAGCUGUGACUGUAGGAAAGCAAAAUUGUAAGGGCUUCUUAUCCAGAGGAUUUCAAGUUGGAAUCAAAGUUUUUUUCAAUCUCUGUUGGCCUAUCAUUAUAUUGUCAUCCUCUAAUAAGGGGAAAGGAGAAGGUGUAACAAAGGGAAUACACAAGUACCUUAGGAAAUCCCCCAAGAACAACCCCUGUAUUUUAGACACCAUGUGGUUCCAUUUCAAGUUCCAAUUCACAUUUUUUUCAAGCCCUGUUAAUCCAUUGACAUCCUUUAAUUCUAAAAACAGAUGAAGUUCAUAUUGACUGAACUGGUGUACGAAGGGGAGUCCACAUAAGGGAUCCCCCUCAGAACAAACCCUGUAUUUUGGACACUGUUUGGCUCCAUUUCAUGUCCUGAUCCAAUUUUUUUUUAAUCCUUGUUAACCCAUAAACAUCCUCUAAUUCUAAUAAGAGAGGAAUUCAUUUGGAGACUCCAUUUAAGAAGGAGAGUCCACAUAAGGGAAUCCCUCUUGAACAACCCUGUAUUUUAGACACCACUUGGUUCCAAUUUCAAGUUCCAAUUCAAGUUUUUUUUUUUUCGAGCUCUGUUAACCCAUUGACAUCCUCUUUCUAAUAACAGGAAUGGGGAGUUCAUCUGGAGACUGGUGUACAUGUAUCGAGAAGGAGCAUCCCACAUAAGACACUCCCCCUAGAUCCACCUCUAUAUUUUGUACAGUGUUAAAGAAAACUCCCCUACUCUUCAUUUUGUGGAGUAUUUCUCAGUUUUUGCUAUGAGAAUUCUUUGUUGUGACUGAUCUUUACAUCUUGUCUUGAUUAAUAUUGACGUGGUAGUUUAAAAUAAUGCUCUUUUCAGGAAAUGACUCAAACUGGAUUGUUUUGCCAUCAUCUGAACAAUCUGAGGUAAGGUACAAUGUAGGAAACUGUGCCACUUUUUCUCAAAUAUCUACCAUAUAAUAUUAAAAGUUUAAGAACAAAUGGAAAUACUAGUUUUUGAUUAAUCAAACUUGAUAUUACAUGUACCUCUACUCUGUUGGCUCCAUCACUGAUAUAAUUCAAGUUUUUUUUUUCUUCUUUUCUGCCAUUUAUCUGAAUGUGGCAGUGUCCAACUAGAAGGCCCUUGUUACUUUGGUCACUGCACACAUUAAUGUACAUUACCUCUUUUUAGCCUGAUGAUUACUUAUUAUUCCAUUUUUUCUUCUAUUUGUCGUUAUAUAACUUGUGCAAGUGCCCUAUAUGGUGUAAAAUAAAGAAUUGAAUACCCUGUGAGCGUGGCUCUUCUGUCACGUACAUAGUUGAUUUGUUUAUGACGGGGCAUAUAAAACAAACCAACUGCGUGACUGACAAGCCAUGCAAAUGACUUUGUAAACACUAAAAGCCAUGUAAGAGAGAAUCCUCUGCUCCCCAGGUAAGAAUAGAAUUGAAUUGCUUCAUGUACACUGGCUGAGAGAAAAUUCUGAUUUUUUUAAACAAAAAACAACAUCAACAACAAGACUUAAGCAGUGGCAAAAGCUCAAAAUUUUGUCUCUGCCAGAGUAGUGAUGAAAAUUUAUAAUGAUUAAGUUCAAAAUUAAUUGAUUGUUUCCUAUACAAUUAGCUACAACAGCAGGUAAAUAAAAUGUGUUUGUCCCUGUUACUCACUACAAUUUUUGAGUGGAAGAUGUUGAAAUCCUCUAUUUUUAAGCCCAAGGGGUGGCUUAGAGACACGGGGCUUAUUUAAGAGGGAGGAGGGCUCAUUUAAUUUAGUGAAGAUUAUGGUAGCUGUCCAUAAAGAACUAGAAUGUGCAAAAGUGCAAAAGCCCAGGCACAUGAAGUUGGAGUUCAUGAAUCCGAAUUUCAAAAACAAAUCCAGUCUUUCAGCAUGUGAAUACACCAUACCAGAUCAGUCCACAUGAAGAUGUGUUAUAGUGAAAUAUAGUCUAUCAUUUAAGAAUAAGAGGGAAGGGUGGGGGUGGCUUAAAACAGGGAGGGGGGCUUAAAAAUUUUCUUCCUCCGGAAGGUGGGGGCAGGCUUUUUCGAGAGGUGGGGCUGGAGGGAGGAUUUACAUUUUUUUUUAUUCUCUAGCAAAUAUUAUUGUAUUUUGAGUAAGACUUCUGUGUGUUUUUUAAAUGAAUUUUUAGAUAAACAUUCUUGAUUUAGAAUCUAAGAAAACCCUCUUCACUUUCAAGUCUGAGGAGAAAAAGUCAUUGGGUAAGUAAGACAAUAUCAGUAUCGUGUUCCAGAAUAAUGUAUCCAUUCUUCUCCCACUGAGGAUCUUUUGGGUCAUGCUGCCCUACCUCUUUAGAAAUUCCAGUUUAGCUUCAAACUUUCCUUAAUUUUUUUGAAGCUUUAAGACCCCACUCUUUCUUGAAAUUUCUGGAGAUCCAUGGUUUGGGUAUGCAUUUUUUUUGGAGCUGUACAUCAAGAAAGGUGUAUCAAUUGCAUGGGACCGCAAAGGAACCAUCCAGAGAGAAAAAUUCUGAUUAAUGUGCCCAAUGAGCUAAGGCCACUAAACUAGGUUCAUGUCACAUUUUUUUAAAAGUUGUUUUCAGUUUUAUUGUCUUUCUUUUGAAGGAAUGUGCAUGUGUUUGUCGCUAUUUAACAAUCCAAAAACACAGAAGCCUCUGUUGGCUGCAGGAUAUGAAAAUGGGCAGAUGCUACUGUGGGAUGUAAUGGAGGAAAAAAAAUUGAGCAACAUUACAGUCCAUUCUGAAUCAGGUAAUAAUGAAUUUGUUGUUUAGUGGGUAGGACAUCCAUAUAUGAAAACUUGUUAUCUGGGGGUCUUAUGUUAAGUAAUGGUACCCCAGGGCACCACCUUCUUAUUGGGCUGUCUGUGGCAAAGCCCAUUUGAGUCCUGAGUAGUGAUUUUGUUCCCCUUGCACCCUAUGUCCCUGACGCAUAAAAAUCCCAAAGACGACAAAAGUUCGUGGCACGGGUCCUGUAGGACGCAAAGAUCGGUCGAUCUAUCUGAAGAUGUUUUUGUAGAAUAUCCAGUUCCUGUGAUUGCAUUUUCCUUAUAGUCUUUGUUGUACUUUUCAAAAGAAUAUCUUUAAUCUUAGUAUCUGGUCACAUAAAGGCCCAAGCAUUUCAAUUUAGGACUUACCGGUUUUAUUUUUGGAACUUGGACUCAAUGGUUCUGGAGUAUGACUCGUGAUUUGUUCACAAGAUGAGUUCCAGGACUCACCAUAACUAUUUGUAACAAAAUCAUGAUCACUACCUGAGCAGCCUGCAUGUCCUGAAAAAAGGACAAAAUAGCAGACACAUAACCCGGCAUCCUGUAGCCCAUGCAUACUUUCAAUCCUGAAUCCCGGCCUUCAAUCCUGGUUCCCAAAAAACCUACUGGGGACCCUCUUUUAUUAAAAAAGGGCCCUUGCUAACUUAGGUGGGGAGAUCAGGGGAGUGGGAGCCCAGGAGAAUUGGGGGUGGGAGGGGUAUAGGAGAAGAGAGAGGGAGAUAGGAGAUCUAAAAGGGCAGGAUGCAAAGGAAACAGGGCGGAAAUUAUUUCUCAACAUUUCGUUAUUGACAAAAGGUUAAAGGGAGGAAGCUAAGAAAAGGGGAGGAGCCGAAAAUGUAAGGUACAGAAGACAGGAGGCUUGGACUCCCUAACCCCCCUCCCCCCCCCACCCACUAUAUGUCUUGACCCCAGUUGUUCAAAAGGUGGAUAGCGAUAUCCACUGGAUGAUGCAAUUUCUUUCCCUAAUACUUGCCUCUGUAUAGAAGUUUGAACAACUGGGGCCUGGAGGCUUCCAUUUCUGGAACAGUUUUUUCUUUCUUUCUUUUAGUUCUCUGUAUGGAUGUAGAUGUAAAAAAUCUUCGUAUAGUCUCAGGCUCAGCAGAUAACAAAAUAUGUGUAUUAUUGAUAUCUUCCCAGGUGAGUGUAUUAAAUGCCAGGAGGUGGGUGGGGCAUUCAACAAAGUUUUAUACGAGCACCCUCCUGGAUUCUUCUCCUGGUGCGAUUUGUCUAGAAUGCAACUGCCUUAUUUUCAGACCUAAAGAACUUUCCAUUGAGAAAUUUAGCAAUUACUAACAACCUCUUAUGCUCUGACUCUAGUGCGCAAUAUCAGUAGACAAACAGAUUGAAUUAAAGAACCAGGGAAUUUCUUCUGUUAAAAUUCGAAAAGACGGCAAGAUCAUGGCCACUGGAGGAUGGGACAGCAGGUAAGACGUGUCGCACGCUCGGUUCUUCGGUCGCCUUACUAUUAAGUCGUUUCGCUACAAGUAAAUUCGUCUCGCUGCAUCUUGAAGUCGAUUCGCCGCAAGACCACAACUCUUAGCGAGUCCACGACUUUGUAGCGAAACGAUCUGUAAUAGUCUUUUUUAGCGCCACUCACUCCGCUCCACAAAUGGCUGGAAGAGGAAGGAGAGAUAGAUAAGAUAGCGUGCGAGAAAGCUCUCUGUUUGAAAGUCGCGCAAGUCGUAGGUCACGCGUGGUCGCCUCUCGUGAUUCUCAAAUGGAGACUUUACAUGCAGGCUAAGGAAGGGAAGCAUUUAAGAAAGAUUUAGAAUCACGUUUAAGGCAAAUCCCGAAUCCUGGGUAUCGGUCAAAUCCCUAGCCUGCGCGCAGACGAAAUUAAACUCUGGUUAACUCCGUCUGCGAAACAGCGCCGAAAUCCUUGUUCUGGACUUCCAGCUGUGUACCCAGAUUUGAGUACGCGCCACGAUUGGCCAGUUAAAAAAGGCCUUUGUUUUGUUUGUCGUGAUCGCCAAUCAGGUUGAAGGGAAAUUCGAAACGCACUUCCGGUAAUUGGUUGAGUCCGUUGGGGGUUCAGAACAAGGAUCUCUGCGCUGCUUCGCAGACGGCUACUAAUCAGAGUUUAGUUAUCGUCUGCACGCAGGCUAUCAAAUCCCGUAUCCCGUCAAGAAAUUGUGCGUUUUUCCGAAUUCCGCACUACAGUUCGCCGAAAUCCUGGAUCCCGAGAAUACCCUUUUAGAGCGUGUUGUUCUUCCCGGACAGGUUAAGGAUUUACAACUGGAAAAAGCUCACCCCUCUGGCCUAUCUCGAUUACCAUACAGACACUGUCAAUGCAGUGGAUUUUUCGGACGACUUGCCAGAGUAUGGACAACUGCUUGCCGCUGGUGGUAAAGAUGCCAGGAUCAGUUUGUGGUCUUUAUAUAAUGAGAAAAGACAGGCUGUUCAGUGACAAGCACGCUGAUGGCGAGUUUUUUCAACUCGGUGGAGUUAUGUGGAACGGUGAGUAAAAUGAGGUUAUGCCGCCUUUGCAACUAUUCCCUCCUUUUUUAAGGCACAGUCAGGAGCCUGCCUCGUUCCCAGACGUCUCUCUCUCGAUAUAAAUUUGCGCGCAAAGGGAAGAUGGGAAGGAAAUCACCUUUCUUCUUUCUCCUUCCCUUGGUCCCUCGCGGUUCGUCACCAGUCACUCGCGUUUCGUAAUCGCAUUGCUUUACACCGGUUUCGCUACUUGUCUGAAAUUCGCUACGUUCGAGUUCGCUACCUACAUAUUGCGCUCGCUGCCUAUUGGCGAAGUCCAAAACUUACUCCUUCGGAGAGGCAAGCGUAAAAGGACGAAAGAAAGAGUUUGUAGGUAACUCCAUCGUAUAAAAAGAUCACGAAAGCAGUGCGAUAGAUGCUGGUCUCUAAUAUAGACAAGCAUUCAAAUGAGUCGUGGAACUGCUUCGUUAAGAGUAGCAUCCAGGGCUCUCUCGCCCGCUCUUAAAAACUUUCGCUGCCGUUUUUCUCGACUCGACUGUCCGCUCCUGGAUCUCCAAGGAUGGGAAUGACAUGGCCACUCAGCCACAUGAAACCAUUUUUCGUAGCAGGGAACAAGGCAAUUAGUCGAUCUCUUUUUUGUGAUUUUGUUAUAAACCAGGCUCCCUAAAGAGGCUUUAAUUAUUUUAAUACGUAGCACAAGCCAAUCAGAUGCUACUUGGAUAGAACAAAAUGAAAUAGAAUGAGUCAUUGAAAGUCAAAUUUAGUGUGAGCACAAUUUCGCAAAGAAGCGGGCAUUACGCGACGAACGUUAGCUUCUUCAUCAAAAUUACCUCAACAAACAGCCAGUAAUGUUGGUUUUGUUUUUGAAUGGUCAAGAAAAAAGAUUGUGAGUAUUCAAAUCUAUUUUGUUUGUGUUUAAUACUUAAACGCAAAAUUGAACCUUAAAGCUCUCUUCAAGUCAGUUAAAUGCGCUUUUUUUUGUCGGCCAUCUACUACUUUGAAGUUUUAAUUAAGAAGGAAACGAAGCUAAAAUUCUAUGGCAAGUGAUGCCACCUUAUUUAAUACAUCCAUUGCAAUCCGAGAAAAGCGCUUAUCCGAAUUGACCAGGAUUUUUGGCAUAAACGUGCCUGGUGAUUAAAUUCACUGGUAAAUAUGAUAUGCCACUAUAAGAAAGAAAGGAUUUCCAAAUUUCAUUUUUCAACUCAUUUCUAUUGUACUCAGAGAUGCUAAAAAAAUUUUUUCAACUAAAAUUUAAAGCUUUUUCUUAAAAAGUUCUGCAACUGUUAAAGUCUCGUUCUUAACUGCACGCGAUGAAUAGCAUUGUUUCCAAUGUUUAAUUUUUUUCUUUUUUGAUGACUUGUUCAAACUCCGUUGCUACGGUUACACGUCAUUCCGUUUAAAAAUUUUAAAGAAGUGAAGGAAAUUUAGAUCGGCCUAUUUGUUAUUUUUUUAUGCCUUGAGGCCUAAUUACAAGACAUCUUUACGACUGAACGAGUUUUUAAUUUUUUCCUAUUAUGAUUCUCAUGUGGCAUAUAGACGUUUUCACGCGACUUUCUUUCUAUACUCAAGCUAUUUCUCGCUCUCAAUUUCAUUUUAAAACAUUAAAAAUCCACCCGGCCUCGUCUCUAAGUCGCUUUAGGGUGAUUCAUUGUUUCCAAACAGCUGCAUGAUUUGUGAGUAUAUUUUGGUUUCAGAUGCUCAGCAUGAGAAGAUCGUUUCGUGAUUUCUUUCAGAAUUGUAUCAGUAUUUCUUGCUGAAUAAAGCGCGUAUUCUUUGGACUCGAAUUCAAGAGAAUCUGUUUUUCUUCAAGCAGAGUUUUGAAAGUAAUUAACGCUGCUAUUAUUUUACUGCUAAGUUUGGAUGUGUUAACGGUAUCUAGCUUAAACCAGGUGCAAAAACACUGAGGCCAAAACUAAAAGGAAAUUUCGACCGUAAAUAGAGUUAAUAAUAGUUAAGUUUUAACGGCAUAAAAUUUAGUAUUUAUCCUACGAUCUUUUCUUGGAAAUAGGAUCUGUAUACAUUUACCAAGUCCUUUUUUGGAUCUAGUUAAAAUUGGUUUAUAUUUGCUUUCAAAAAAUUGAAAGUUCAAACUACAGUUUCAAUUGGUUAAGAAACUUUGUUGACUAAAUCUUUUUGACACUGUAUGCUGGAGAAAUGCUGUAAUAUUUUCAGUCCCUAGGAGAACAUGUUACAUUGAAAUGCAAAUCUUUUACAUGUAUUCUAUAGUCGAAUUCUUAGCUGUAUAUUUACGAUAAUCAUUAUUUUUUUAAAUUUUAUUUUUAGGAUCUCCUCGACCUAUGGCGUACACGCUGAGUGAGGUAAGAUGGUUGGAAGUCGAACUAAAAGGCAUCUCUUCAGUGUAUUGAUAACAGCCGCUUUUCUUUCUGUCGGAUUUCUGUUUGCCCUCUUGGAAAGAUAUCCUCAAGACAUUUUUAAAAUACAAAACUCAUUUCCUGCGUUAGGUGACGCAUUUGUAACCGAUAAGCAGAUGGUAACAUGGACUCCUGCGAACACAACAAAGGAUACCUCCUCGGCAAAUCCACAAUUACAAACCUCAAGUAAACGUCAAGUUUUGCUCAUAGUAGCUCAUGGCAGAUCUGGUUCGACAUUCCUGGCGGAUAUUUUUAACCACCAUCCGCGCGUUUUUUACGUCUUCGAGCCUCUUCACGGGUUGAUUCCUAAACAGAAAGACCAAAAUUACGAGACGUACGCAUUGAAUUUUCUUUACCGCAUUUUCCAGUGCGAUUUCAGCGCUGAAAAUGCCGCGCACCAUUUUGGUCACUUCUAUCGGCACUACAGCCGGGCAUUGAGUUCUCCUCCUUUCUGUAAAUAUGAACCUUCGGAUCCCAGAUGGCAUUUUAAUUUUUGUUUUCCUCUAGAUGAAGCUACCCUUGAACAUUCAUGCAAAUCACAGUACAACACAAUCGUAUACAAGCUGCUUUUUGACCGUAUUCCCGGUAAUUCAGUUGAGAAGCUAUUUGGUGUGUGUGAACUGGCGAGAAUCGAAUGUAAAGUAAUUCACUUAAUUCGAGACAUAAGGCCAGUUGUGAUGUCGGCCAGGAAAGUGGCCUUCUUUAGAGAGGUGGAUCACAAAUCCAAGCCGUCACUGCGACAAUUUGUUUAUUUUCACUGCGAAGUAACAGAAAACAACCUUCAACUGGCGAAAUCUCUGGACCUGUCUCUUCGACGUCGCUAUGUACUGGUUAGAUACGAAGACCUGGCAGUUCAACCUUUGCAGCUUUUAGAUUACUUGUUCGAGUUUGCCGGUCUUGAAGUACUUGAAAGCAUUAAACAGUGGGUAGUCAACACAACACAGCCUAAUUUUAACGAUCUUCAACAACAAGCAAGGAACCCCACGUCUGUUAUAAGAAACUCGCUAGAAGUUCUGAACAAAUGGCGACUUAAAGCAGAUCCUUUAGACAUGAACAUCAUUGAACGAUAUUGCCGAGAUGUCAUGAAAAUGAUGGGUUAUAUACCAAUACAAGGAUCGUAUAGACUGCUGCGAAAUCUUUCAUCUCCGCUGUUUAAUGAUACUUUCCCAGCUCAACAAUGGAUCAAAGGGUAUCAAAAAAGCUUACUUUAA